AUGGUCGCCAUUUCUACGCUUUUUGUCAUCGUCCCGGCUUUCGUCCUGUCAACCCAGGCUACUCCUUCCCUGCGGAGGUGGCCCAGCGGCCGGGCUCAGAUGAGUGAGGAAGAGGCGACGACGUUGUACAACUCUAUGAUUGGUGGCUCUCUCCUCAGCCGUCAGCAGGGUUUGUGCCAGUUGAUCAAUAUGGAUCAGCUGAAUGCAAUGGGUGAUGCUCUGCAAGAUGUCAAGAACUUUGCUACGGUCAACUGGGGUGGCGAUUGGGACAGCAUAAGAGUAAACCCCCCUAACUUGGACGGUCCAGCACAAGCGUGCUACCCGAGCCCGAUGCAGUUCACAGCAACGUGGAAUUCAAAUCCCAUAUGCUCGAACUCAACCAUGAACCUCACCGGAUACAUUGCAGAGGGUUCCACUUCUGCCCAAGUAAAUAUUUUCCAAGGCUCCUCCGUCAGCGCCUCGACCACGGUUGAAAGUCACUCAACCCAGUUUACAGCUGAGCUUAUGCUUGGGUUCCUACUCUACUCAAUCUCCGAAACUCUUUCUGUCUCUCUCACGAACACCAAAGGCUCCACCACUACGUCCACGAAUGAUGCUCGCUCUACAGUGCAGGUCACCGUUACUUGCAACGGCCCGGCUAAGGUAGAAGUGGACGUCAGUCUCCAAACCUGCACGGCCCAAGGGAAUGUCAACUUCCCUGUCACGCUAGGUGGUUGGGUGUGGUUCCACUAUAAAACCAGAAGGGAUGGUCAUUACAACUGGGGUGUUAGUUUGGAUGUGUUCCCUAUUGAACAUCGUCAGCAGACCUUAUCAAUCUCCGUCAACGCAAACACACAAACAUUUGGUCAAUUCUAUGACCCUGUGUUGGGAUUAAUUUGA